UCUCCUUUUUCUGUUCUAGUUUUCUGUCGAGCAUUUUAUCAAAAGUUUCUGUAUAAUCAAUCUCCUUUUUUCUAUCCCAGUUUUCUUUCAAGCAUUUUAUCAUACAGUUUCUUUAUACCUUUCUCCGUCAGUAUGAUCAGCAAUUUUGAAGCUGAUGUAAAAUUUCUUCAAAACCCAUCUUUAAUUUCCCAAUUUUUUUCUCUUUCGGCUAUCGAAAAGGUUCCCCAAGUGUACAGUUUCUGCAAAUGGGGUGCUCUAGUUCUUGCCAUUGUUGCUUCUUUCAGCAGCUUAAUAAGAAAAGGCAAGCUUCUAUUCAUUUACGUUCGUAAAAUAAAACCUUCUGCUGAACCUCUUCUUCAGUAUCUCAGCGAAGACUUCGACUUUUCCGAUGAUGAAGACGACGAUGAAUGCUCAUCGGUUUCAUCAAACGAUGAAGAGUUAACACCAGUGGAUGAAGAUUUUUCAGUUGCAGGUUCGAGUUUCUACUUCAAAGAGCAAGGCCAAAAAAGUAAUUUAAGACUCAGACGGCGACGGAGCAGCUACGAACGGUUCCCCUUAACGGAGUUUGCAGCCGGGAAAAGUGUCGUAAAGUUGUGGGAUAGUUUAACGUUAGGUUUAGACUUUAAUGAUUCUUUUGAUAGAAGCGAUUUUAUGAUUUUAUCGUCAGAAGUGAGAGAUGGAAAAAACGGCGUCGUUUUAGAUGCUUAUGACACGAGAAUGAGGCGUCAGUCGCCGGCGAUAUGUGCCGAGUGGGGUAAUGGAAAGGCGGUGGGAAUCAGUGGUAACGGCGUCGAGAAAGUUUACGUAAGAGAUGAAGUUGCCGGAGUUUUAACGGUUGGUGACAUGAGGAACGUGAACACGGCGGUGCAAACGGUGACGGAACUCGAGGGCGCCGUUAACGUUGACGGAACUCGAGGGCGCCGUUAACGUUGACGCAUAGACGUUGACCGUUCAAUUUGAAGGGGGUAAAUCCGUAAAUAUAAUUUAGUAUCAAAUAUCGAUUACAAAAUUGUAUGAUAAUUGAUUGAAGAAUAUCCUCCUUUUGUACAUAAUUAUUUUGAAGAUUAUAUAAAGGAAAAUUGAUGGUUGAUCAAGAUGACUUUCCAUUAUUUAAGUUGA